ACAGGGCUUGGCACCGCUGUGAAGAUCCUAUGACCAGAUGCAUUGAACCAAGAGAUGGUGGUCGGUACAAGCUCAAAUUUCUUCACUCAAAUUUUCACAUGAAAGCUAGGGUGAAGACAGCUGUACUAAUUUGUUGAUGACGAAGACUGGCAUAAUCGAAGCGAAGUGAAACGGUUUGAGUGAUACCAAUAGAGUAGAUGUUAACCAUUAACCAAAGCACUGACCAAGAAGCUGGAUCUGGGCCUCUUACCGACGAUAAAGGCGACCUACAAAGCCAGAAUUUCGGCGCGUCGAAUCAAUGUGUCGAGAACUCGACGCAACCGACAAGAAGCGGAGCAAUGGGGCCGAUGGGAGAUCGUGCAAAAAAAGAGGAUUGUUGUGUCAUCUGCUUCCAAGGAGAGUUCCAGUCUACCAACGAAAUUGUGUACUGUGAUGCGUGCGACUUGGGUUUCCAUCAGCAAUGCUACGGAUUGCCUAGGGUGCCCGAAGGUGAUUUCUUCUGCGACUUCUGCGCCAUUGCCCGGGAUAUAUCAAACACGGACAAAAGAAUCGCUCCAAUGUGUGAGCUUUGUCAUCAAAAAGGCGGCGGUCUUUUGAGGAUAUGGAUAGUUGACCGUGGGGAAGGACAGUACUCCGAUGAGGACUACGUAAGGGACGGGAGCGAGGACGAAGACAACGAUUGUGGCAGCACCUUUGAAGUAGCGGCCUGCAUAAGGCCUAGUGAUAAAGCAAAUGCCUUCGCAUCAAUUUCUACCUCCUUGCCAAAUCCUUUGGCAGAGCCGCUCUUCGUGCACAAGGUUUGCGCGCUAGCAGGUUGGAAUCAACAGCCACGCCUGGUGCGUUUCGUGGCAGGCACUAAUGCUCAGGUGGCAGUAGUGUCGCGUGAUAUAGUGGCGACAUAUCGCAACUUGAAGGCCCAGGAGGAAACUAUGGCUUCACGCUGGCAAGCUGCCGACGCGCUAUCUUGCGGUAUAUGCGAUUCCUCCGUGGGACUGCUUGUCCGGUGCUGCCACCACGACCCUGACUCUGCGGUGUUCAGAUGCUCUUUUUCCGCCCAUGCGGCUUGUGCGUUCAACGCGGCCCAAGCAUCGCUCCUACUGCACGAUGUACAGCGGUCGCCGCUGGUCACUGUGUGGUGCUCAGCACACAGACCUGAACCGUCAGUGGAGCGACCGGGCGGGGACGCCGUGGCCAAGUGUUUGGGUUUCCUGCUGCCUCCCUUAGCCUCACCCCUCGACCAGCAUGAGCAGGACGGGCGUCAGUAUCAGCCUUGCCACACGCCGCUCCUACGGCACCUUGUUCACGAGCGGCGCAAGGAGGGCUACGGGCGACUGGGGGGCUAUCUAGACGACAAACUGAGACUCCUGGAGAGACGCAUGUCGCUGGCAGGGGCGUUACCCGUCCCGACCCACUCGACGGAUGGCCGGUUGAUCCUGUGCGCGGCCGGGCGCGCGGAGGAGAUGUUUGCCUGCAGGCAGCGGCUGCCCGCCACACCUGAGGUGCGAAGGUAGAGCUGAAGAAGAGCGUCAGAGGAAGCCUAGGAAAGAAAAGACUUGCG